CAUUAAAUUAUUUCUUUAUAUCUAUAUUUAUACACACAUAUAUAUAUGCAUCUUAGCAAUGUCCAGUGCUAAAGUAUUCAGUGGAAACUCUAUCAAGAAAGCGCAAAACGAUAGAAGAACAGUUUACAAGAGCGUCUUGGAUUCACCUUUUAUUCUCAAAUGGCCAGCUGUUAAUAAUGAUCUCGGAAACAAGAUUACCGAGCUACUUUUAUUAUCACUUGAACCCAUUGGACAUUACCGAAAGGCUGUACACUUGAUCAAGCAAAAAAAGUCCCAAAAGGUUGAACCUAAAACUGAUGAUUUGAAGCCACCUGCUGAGCCUGACAUCCUGAAUCGUGUUCACGUUGGUGUUAAUCAAGUUACACGACUUCUCGAAAAAUUGAUCAAAGACAAAUGUGCGGGACAGCCAUCAGCCACACCUACAAAUACAGAUACAAAUGCAUAUACUGCUGUUUUUGUCUGCAAGAGAGACGCUAACCCCCCACAUUUGUGUGCUCACCUGUUAUCCAUGUGCGCGCUUGCAAACAUCAAGAUUGUAUCUUUGCCACCUUGUUCUGAACCCAGGGUAGCGCUUGCACUUGGUAUUCGUAGAGCAUGUGCGAUUGCAGUAGAGAUUAAACAAGAUAAAGAAGAGUCCCUUCGCUUAAUAUUACAAGGAAUCCAGCCUGUUAAUGCACCAUGGUUGAAGUCUGCAUUAUCUGCACCACAAGAAUAUUGCCCAACAAAUAUAAAAACCUUUCAAACAACUGCACCAAUCAUUGCAAAAACACAAAAACGGAAACCAGAAGAAAUGGCACAAAACGAAGCCAACAAAAAGACCAAGAAGCAAUAAACUUUUAUAUAUAC